UAACGUUUUCAUCGUAAAAUCACGUGCUCUGACUAACGUAUUAUGUGAAACAUUUGCGUAAGCGCAUAGAAAAAGUUAUUGUGAUAAAACAAUAAACAAUCGACGAGUGACCCUCCCACGCUAGUGCCCUCUUUAAUUUCGAACGCGGCGCGUCCAACAUGAGGACCAGAAAAAAAUACUCGCUCGUGGCGUCGAAGAGGCGAUUCUGGAAUCCAAGGAAGUGGUUCAAGAGGAAAAACAAAGUGACCGAAGAUGCGGCGCCUGUCGAUGUUACGGAAAUCGGAAAGGACGCGCUGCGCAGCAGGUCUACCAGCGAGCUUUCCGUCGGUGAAGAGGAGGGCAGGAGGAGGAGUUCAUCAUCGAUGCAUCCCGGUCUCAGCGUGUCACACGACAGCGUUUUCCAUUCGCCUAAUUCUGGAUCCGACAUGGAACUGGAUGUGGCGCAAAGUUCUUCCUCUUUGUCUAUAUCUCAGCCUCAUGUCGACUUGAGAUUACAG